AUGAUAACAGUGGUUAACAAAACAGUGCUUACUAGUUAUGAGUUCCCUUCAUUUCAAGUGCUUGGAAUCGGCCAAAUGGUCGCAACGAUUGUUUUGCUCUUUCUGGCCAAGAAGCUGAGAAUCGUCUCAUAUCCGGGUUUGGAGCUAGCAACCUUUAAGAAGAUCUUCCCGCUACCUUUGAUCUAUAUUGGUAACAUGUUCUUUGGAUUAGGGGGCACAAAACAGCUGAGUCUUCCAAUGUUCACAGCCCUGCGAAGAUUUUCCAUUCUGAUGACUAUGAUCCUGGAAUUAUACAUUCUUGGUAUCAAACCAAGCUUUAGCAUUCAAUUUAGUGUUUAUCUCAUGAUUAUCGGAGCCAUAGUAGCCGCUAUGAAUGAUCUAGCAUUCAACCUGAUAGGAUAUAUUUUCAUUUUCUUGAACAAUUUCUUUACUGCUACAAAUGGUGUUUACAUGAAGAAGAAACUAGAUUCUAAAGAGCUGGGUAAAUAUGGCUUGAUGUUCUACAACUCACUGUUUAUGAUUAUACCAGCGACCCUCUUUGCCUACUACUCAGGAGAUUUGGAGGCUGCAUAUAACUACAAAUAUUGGAAUGAUUUGCUAUUUCUUAUCCAGUUUAUUCUCUCAUGUGUUAUGGGAUUCAUCCUUUCCUACAGUGUGAUACUUUGCACAUUGUACAAUUCUGCACUAACAACAACAAUUAUAGGAACUUUAAAGAACAUUUGUGUUACCUAUCUUGGCAUGGUGAUAGGGGGUGACUACAUCUUUUCCUGGGUCAACUUCAUUGGUAUCAAUGUGAGUGUACUAGGUAGCUUACUGUAUACGUAUGUGACAUUUAAAAGGAAGGAGGCUCCACCAUAUUCUCCUCUACCUACCAAUGAGAAACAGACAAAGAUGGAGAUUGUAUAG